AUGAAAACCACACAGUAUAUCCUGCUAGGCUCUGCAAGUCUGCAAAACGUUCACGCCUGGGGCUCUCUUGGACAUCAAACUAUCGCCUACAUCGCACAACACUAUGUUUGUGACACGACAGCAGCAUGGGCACAGUCUAUCUUAAACGAUACAUCAUCCUCUUACCUGGCCAGCAUCGCGACUUGGGCCGACUCAUACCGUUACACUGCAGAGGGCGAAUUCAGUGCCGCUUUCCACUACAUUGAUGCCAACGAUGACCCGCCUACCUCUUGCAAUGUUGACUACGAGCGAGAUUGUUCAGACGAAGGAUGCGUGGUGUCGGCCAUUGCAAAUUACACACAACGCGUUCAGGGCUCGGACCUGGAUGCUCUUCAGCGCAACUACGCCCUGAGAUGGAUCGUCCACUUUUCGGGUGACAUCUCACAACCUCUUCACGACGAGGCAUACGAAAUCGGCGGCAAUGGCAUCGACGUUACAUUCGAAGGCGAGGAUACAAAUCUGCAUGCUGCUUGGGACACGAGCAUUCCAGAAGAACUUCGAGGAGGAUAUGGACUUGAGGAAGCCGCCAGCUGGGCAGACGACUUGGUCGCAGAGAUUGAUUCUGGAAAGUACGCGGACCAAAAACAAGCUUGGCUGAAAGGCAUUGAUGUCUCCGAUCCGAUAUCAACAGCCGUGAUCUGGGCUCGAGACGGAAACAGCUAUGUUUGUACAGUUGUUAUGCCGAAUGGUGGUGAGAGUUACAAUAACACCGAAUUGUACCCCGGAUACUAUGAUUCCGCUGUGGACACUGUGGAGAUGCAGAUCGCGAAGGCAGGAUAUAUCCGGGGUUUCUUCAGUCACUUCACCCCGCUGAUCGCGGGGAUUUGGUCCAUACGUAAAAUCGGCUUUUCUUAGUAGGCCAUACGUAAACAUCGAUAUGGUGGUAGGUUCCAGUCCCAUAUGGAUAUCCAGGUGUAUGCAGUAUUGAACCGCGAGUCU